AUGCUGAGAAGAAUAUUCAGUCUUAAAGAGCUGUUUUUAAUAAACAACUCUCUCUCUCUCAAAAGGCCAGCAAUUCUGGGUAGAAGAACAAGCACAGUUCAACCAUGGAUGAUUGCCCUUAUUGUCACAGCCAUUGUGUUGAUUUUGGCAAUAAUUAUUGGUCUCCUUGUUUAUUUUUUGUCAUAUGAUCAGAAGUCCCACUAUUACCACAUCUCCUUCCAGAUUCCCAGUGUUGAAUAUAAUCCUGAUUUUUCAGUAGAACACUCAAAUAUUAGGACUGAUAUGAAAGAAAAAAUCAACAGUGAGAUAGAUAACAUAUUUCAAAGAUCCAGUUUAAAAGAUCAUUACAUCAAAUCUCAUGUUGUCAACUUUAGGCCAGGCAAUGAUGGUUUGAAAGCAGAUGCAUUACUUAUGUUUCAGUUCCCUGCUAACAACGCAGACACAAUGAGAAAGCAAGCUGAUGACAUUUUACAUCAGAAGCUGAAUUCAAAUGAAAGCCUCUUGAUGAUCGAUACUUCAUUCCCUUACCUUAGAGAUAUCAAUGAAGUACAAGCAGAGCACAUUCUGAAUAGCUGUUGUGGUAUAGGAAUGGAAUACCCAUCCAUGGAAAGAAUUGCUGAUGGUCAAAUUGCAAAGAAAGCUGAUUGGCCAUGGCAAGCCAGUCUACAGAUGGAUGGUGUCCACUUCUGCGGAGCAUCUUUGAUCAGUGAAGAUUGGCUCCUGACUGCCGCCCACUGUUUUGAUACUUACAAAAACCCCAAACUAUGGAUGGCUAGUUUUGGAACAACCCUAAGCCCUCCACUGAUGAGAAGAAAUGUGCAGUCAAUUAUUGUUCACGAAAACUAUGCUGCCCACAAGCACGAGGACGACAUUGCUGUGGUGAAGCUCUCCACCCCUGUCCUAUUUUCUGAAGACGUGCACACAGUGUGUCUCCCGAAUGCUACCUUUGAAGUCUUGCCUCAGAGUAAAGUGUUUGUCACUGGAUGGGGAGCAUUGAAAGUGAAUGGUCCCUUUCCCAAUACUCUACGACAAGUUGAGAUAGAGAUCAUAAGUAACGAUGUUUGUAAUCAAGUUAAGGUGUAUGGUGGUGCUGUUUCAUCAGGAAUGAUAUGUGCUGGAUUCUUGACAGGAAAACUAGAUGCAUGUGAGGGUGAUUCUGGAGGACCUCUGGUUAUUGCACAAAACAGAAACAUCUGGUACCUCAUUGGAAUAGUAAGCUGGGGAAUAGACUGUGGGAAAAAGAACAAACCUGGACUUUAUACCAAAGUGACUCAUUAUCGGGACUGGAUUAAAUCUAAAACUAACAUCUAGUGCAACAACUACACCUACGUUCUAACUACAAAUGUCAUGUGUGGUUUCUAUCAGAUUGUGUUUAGUGUAUGUUGCUAAGUGUAUUGUCGUUGAAUUCAAGAUGCAAGUAACUGCGAUCUGACAACUUUCCCCUUGAACAGUUGGAAGGCUGUGUUUUGUUGACCAAGAGCAUAGGAGGCACUGCCAACUCCACGAAGAUCUUCCAUUGCGUCCAAGUGUCACUAAUCACGUUCUUGUUCGUCUUCCAGUCACUAUUACAUUUUAGAGUAGUCUGGCAGUUCAACCCAGGCAAGGGGCUAAGCAAUCUACAUUUUCUCUGACACAUCAUACUUCCCUUCCCUGAUGGUUCCCCAGUUUCUGUCUUCCUCAACAGAUGAGGCUCAUUAUAUGUUAUAGACAGAUCAAAGAAUUAGUGUUGGCCAAUUCUAUCACAAAUGAUUUGGUGCAGAUUUCAACUUCUUUAAAUGAUUACACUGUUGGUUAUUUUGAAGCAGUUGAUAAGUCCUUGGAUAAGAUAGCAGAAGAACUGGAAAUAUUGUCUAGCGUAGGAUUCUGCUCUGAACUGUGUAAACAUGCCUUUAAUGCUCAGAAACAAAAGAUCAAGUUUCUUGGCCUUUCAUGAAGUUGAAUGAGAAGAGGCAAGAAUUCAACAAGAAUGGACUCCACUGAGCUCAGUCUCCAAAAACAAGAGAGGAUCCACACUUGGCAUAAAUUUACUUUUCACUGCUGUUUCAUGAUCUGUUCAUGCAUUUUAUUUAAACAUUUUUUCAACCCACUUUAGGACAAUUUGGGGGCCUUCAGAAUGGGGAGUCAAUAUAAGUUAGAUAUUCCUAAACAACUUACAUGAGAAGCCAAGAUAAAAUAAGAUAUUCAUAAACAAUUUGAUAAAGGAUUUUGUAAAGACCUUAUUGUGAAUAUUUAAAUUAAAUUAAAAAUAGGCAUUUCUUGAAGAAUGAUAUUUAUACAAAGUCUUCAGAUAAUCAAGAAGGCAUCUUUGGAAUGGUUAAAUUAUUAUGGAAAUGUCAUUUCCAUAUGUAUUUGAUUACAUAUUUUAUAGUACUGUAUGUGGUUAUCAACUAGUAUAUAACAAAACUAAUUUGCUGAAUCUGAACGUUUAUUUGCUUUCUUCCCAUG